AAAAGUCGGUUGUGUCGAAGAAAAAUGGAAUUAAAAAUAGAAAUAAAAGUAGGGGUGGGGGAAAACCGAAUUUGUAGCAGGAGGUGUAGGUAGUUCUUCUCAGUGUUUUCUAGUGCAGAUAGUGCCAAGGUUUGAUUAGGUAUAGAUAACGAUAAGAAACAUGUCCAAGAACAGAUAUCUGACCAGACCUCGUACGAAACUUUACGAUGCCAACUACAACAUCGGCGAAAGCUACUACAAAUCUGCGUUGGACAGCAUCGACAGGAAAUACUCCCCAAGGGUGUCCUCUACACCUCCCAGACUCCCAUCCGCCCAUGCAGAUCUGCUAGAGAGACACGCCAAGGCGUUCGAGGAUGAAGAUCUAGCCACAUCACGUAGACGGGCGGAAAAACACAUAACAGAGUCGAAUGUAUUCGACACACGUGGGGGACUGUUGGCACAGAAAGCAAUGGACGAUGCUCAGAAUGAUAUAGACGAAGAGACUUCCUCUCUUCUCAACCGCAUCAGGGCCAACAGAAAGAAAAUAGCUGCGGCCGACGACGUCGAGAUGGAUUCUGUCUACAGCAAUCUGCAAUCACGUAGAAUGAUCAACAGAUCCGACAAGAUCCUAGACAGCGUUGGAAUAAACGACACUUCUCGCAGAGCGCUGGACGAACAGGUCUCGAUCAAACGCGAAAUGAAAAUGGCGGAAGAGAAGAGAAAUAACGAUUUGACCAAAUGGAAACCACUGGAAUUCGAGGCGGACAAAGAAUCGGCAGCAUUACUGAGAGCCAGACAGACCAAGAAUCGCCUUCAUGAUAUUGAAGACGAAAUGGCAGAUCUCGCUGAGAAACAGGAAGCCAGGAAACGCAGGGUGGCCAAGUUCAAGGCUUUGGUGGCGGAGAAUUCUGAGGAAACUGAAGCGAUAGGAAAGGCUUUACACUCUGUGUCUAUAAGCAGUCGCAAGGAAGAAAGGAGUGUUCAUUUUUAACGAUGGACUUGGCUGAGUUCCCAACUGGUUGAACUGUGUUCGGAGAAAAUGCUGAAUCUGUCGAAUCUAAUAAAGCGUAAACGUUU